AUGAAUUAAUAAAGUUUUGUUUAAGUAAAUUUAGAACAUGAUUAAAUAAAAAAAAGAGUAAACUCACUUAAAUUUUAAUUAAAGGAUAUGGAUCAGAAGAAUUAUAUUAUUUAAAAUAAAUUAAAAGAUUUGAGAUAAUUAUCUCCAAAUGUUAAGAAAUCACCUAUUGCUUAAUUAUAAGAAUAAUUGGGAUUGGAUAGGAAAUUAAUAAUUGAGCAAUUUAAACCCAUAAUAGAGAAAGAAGGAAUUUAUGUAAGAAAUGAAAGAUUAAAAACAGAAUCAUAUUUGUAAAACUCAAGAAAUGAAGAAAUUUAACAGAAAAAAAUAAAAGUAAAAUAAAUUGAAGAUUAAGAUUCAUAAGUUGUAAGAAGGAAGGCAGAGUACCAUGAAAAAAAGAUUAAUGAAGUUAGAUAAAGAUAAUUAUAAGAAAUGGAAAUGAAUAAAUUAAUAGUUCAUAAGAAAAUAGUGGAAAUAAAUAAUUUUAAGAAAUAUGAAUAAUAAUUAUUAGGAGAAAUCACUCUGUAUUAUAUAGAGUUUAAUUUAGGGCAAAAUAAAAGGAGUAAUCAUUAAAUAGUAGAUUUUGUAAAUUUGUACUUAAUUCUGAUAAUAGCAUAAUAUUACCAACAAUCUAAAAAACAAAUAGCAGAAUGAGUUAAAAAUCUAAUUCUAAAUAAAGACCUAUUUUGGGUAGUCAUUCUGUUAAAAGAUCUGAAUAAUUUUUAGAUAGAUUUUAGAGAAGUGAUACUAAAAAUAAUAAUAAUUCUUUUAUUGAUUAAGAAUAGUAUUAAAGAUUAAAAAGUGAAUUAAGAAAAGAAGAUUAAAAUGAAUUAAAUAUUGGUUGUCAGACUAGUUUUAUAAUGACUGAUAAAAAUUAACAAAGUGUUCAGUAUUCAUAAAACUUUGAUUCAUAUUGCAGUAAUAAUUAAGAUGAAUCUUUUGAGAAAAUGUUAAAAAACAAAUAAAAAUAAAAAUGUAAAAAAUGA